CAUUCAGCACAAUUCGGCAUUACUGCUUGAGCUUGAGGGCUAUAUUUAUAGGAUAUAGGAAGAAGAUUACUCUCCGCGGCGCAAGGCACGUUAUGUACGACAGUUGUCAGAGGCGAUGUUUUGAGGCGUUCUAUCACGCCGUGACAACCCGCUGACCCCCGUCUCGCAAGUCCUCGCCCCGGACCGGAGUCGUUUGUCACGCGAACCGAAUCGGCCCCCACCGAGCUCGCGCAGCCCCCUCGGAAUCGCCUUCCAGGCGAUGUCAGGAAGCGCUCCCCCAGCCGAGUGCUAAGUCCGUGAGAGAUAUCGCGAUCGAAGAACCCGUUAAAGAAUGGCCGAUGAAGUGGUGGAGACACCACGGGGCCUCGGUAACGAGGACGCCGAGUGCAUCGUUGACGCCGAGAUCGACGGCGGCGACGACGACGACUCCGACGGGGUCAUAGUUCCGGAACUUCAGGGUACACUAUCCAAAUGGACAAAUUACAUACAUGGCUGGCAAACUAGAUUUAUUGUACUCAAAGAUGGUACUUUGUCUUAUUACAAAUCCGAGCAGGACAGCGGGUACGGGUGUCGUGGCUCGAUUAGUCUGUACAAAGCUAAUAUCAAGGCACACCAGUUUGACGAAUGUAGAUUCGACGUGUCCGUGAACGAUUGCUUGGUUUGGUAUUUAAGGGCAAACAGUCCGGAGGAGAAACAGCGAUGGGUGGACGUCUUGAAGUCUUACAAGUCGGAAUCCGGCUAUGGGAGCGAGAAUAGUCUAAAACGACACGGCAGUGCCAUUUCGCUCGUGUCGAAUACGCAGUCGACAACGAGCGCCGGUAGUCUUACUAAGCGCGGCAUUAGAGGGCUGAAGGAAAAGUUGGCCGAAAUUGAAACCUUCAGGGACAUUCUGAUCAAGCAGAUCGAUACUCUGCAGAAGUAUUUUGAUAACUGUGCGGAAAAUGCCAAGAAUACUUCCAAAGAAGAAAAGAAAAUUGAGACAAUGUUCAAUCCGGCUGAACAAUCGGUGGACUUCAAAGGGGAAGCUAUAACAUUUAAAGCCACCAGCGAAGGGGUGUUGGCAACCUUGCAACACUGUGUCGAAUUGAUGGUGCAGCGGGAGGAUGCAUGGCGCCGUAGAUGGGAGAAAGAAGUUGAGAAGAAACGGAAGUUGCAAGAACUUUAUAAAGUUCUGAAAGAUCAAGUUGCCAUGCAUCACAACGGCUCUCCGAGACCUAGGGUCGUUAUACACGGAGGUCCUGAUUACGAGGAAGGUCCGCACAGCGCUCUUUGCGAUGAAGAAUUUUACGAUGCCGUCGAGACGGGUCUGGACAAAAUCGAGGAGGAGAAUCAAUUAAGGGAUCGUUUAAAACAGAAAUCUGUUUCAAUUUUGACGUCCCCCACCACAACAGCGUCUACGCACAGGUUAUGGCCAGAGAUAGAGAAAAUUACGAUGGAGCAGCUGCAUUACGCUCGGCUCGGCGUAGGCGGAGCGGGUGGCUGGCAAUUAUUUGCCGAAGACGGUGAUAUGCGAAUGUACCGGCGGGAGGAGGAGGCCGACGGACUGGUCGUAGAUCCUCUCAAAGCGUGUCAUGUCGUCAAAGGGGUGACUGGUCACGAGGUCUGCAAGAUAUUCUUCAGUCCCGAAUACAGGAGUGGUUGGGAAGCCACCUUGGAGGACAUGGCGAUCGUCGAGAACAUUUCCAAGGACACACUGUUAUUUUUGCAAACGCACAAACGUAUCUGGCCGGCGAGCCAGCGCGACGCGUUGUUUUGGUCGCACAUCCGCCGGGUGUCCGAUGAUCAGGAUCGCGACGCACACGAUCUGUGGAUAGUCUGCAAUCACAGUACUGAACAUCCCGAUCAUCCGCCAAAUGGGGGUAAAUGCGUGAGAGUUUAUCUGACGGUUUGUCUCGUAUGCCAAACAUUUAUCGAUCCCCCGAAAGACGAAGAGGAAAUAAAGAGGGAGAACAUUACGUGUAAAAUAACGUACUGUUCAGUUGUAAAUCCGGGUGGAUGGGCCCCGGCAGCCGUUUUACGGGCCGUUUACAAGAGGGAGUAUCCAAAGUUCCUUAAGCGUUUCACGAACUUUUGUAUCGAUCAAUGCAAGAACAAGCCGAUCACAUUCUGAAUGUGACCGAUAAGAAGAAAGAAAAAGAAAAGAACUUCAAUGUUUUCCAUCCAAUUCCUUAUUCACUAUCUCGAAGUGUCUUCACGUGAUUACUGUAAAAACAAGUUUGUAUUGUUACAUACUGUAGGAAUUGUAGAACGGCCAUUACAACGUAAGUGAUACCGUUUUGUAUAUUACCUUUUCUUUUUUUAUUUGCUUAAGAUAAUCGACUUAUAUAGCUUGCGAAUGCAGAAGGGGGGGGGAGACGAACCGUUAUGUUAAAAGCCAUUUAUGAUAUAAGUGAGUGUAUAGCAAUUAUAUACACUUGAAAAAAAAAAACGACUUCGAUGAAGCACGCGUGGCUACAGCACCGUUUACAGACUAUUUUUUUUUUCUCUUCAAAUAACAGCCUGUUAUAUUUGUCAUACAGAACGUUGUCGCAAAAUCCAAUUGUACAAAUCUUUAACGAAAAUUGGAUACAUUUAUCUCUUGUUACACAUUACAAUCUAAUUAAACGCUGAAUUGUAUAAUACCAGAUUGUACUGUUAUUUUUAUUCGGACAUAAAAACGUGUACAUUGCUAUGCGAUAUAAAGGUCACAUGGAAAAACGUAAUAAAGACUGUUGUAGAUUUA